AUGACCAAUCUGAGCACCCAUUCUUCCCACAAUCCCAGUCCAGAGAGGAAAAACCUUUAUGAGACCCCAGCACUGUCCGAAUUGCAGAGAAUGGUAUGGGCCAGAGGAGGAUCUGACAACCAUGUGGACCAAGUGUGGCCAAACCUCUACCUUGGAGAUGCAUGGGCAGCAAGAAGUAAAUCCAUUCUUCAGAGCAUUGGCAUCACUCAUAUCCUUAAUGCAGCCGACGGGCCCUACAACAUCAACACUGGAGCUCGUUAUUACCGAGACCUGCCGAUUCAGUACUAUGGAGUGCAAGCUUUCGAUGACAAUUCGUUUGACAUAAGUGUCUUCUUCCACGAGGCUGCCGAUUUCAUACACAAGGCCUUAAAUACUGUAGGAGGCAAGGUCUUUGUCCACUGUGCUAUGGGACUAAGCCGUUCAGCCACUUUAGUGUUGGCGUACUUGAUGAUCCACGAAAACUUGACACUUGUGGAAGCCUUAAAAUCAGUGGACUCUCACAGAGGUAUCUGUCCAAACACUGGAUUCCUCAGCCAGCUCCGAGCCUUCGACAUCAAAUUAAACAAUGAAAAGAAGACAGCUAACACUAUGGCUAAAGGGGACUGA